CGUUGUUUUCUAUGGCAUACAACGGAAGAUGCUAACUGUUACAAGCAUGGUCUUGUUUAAUAAAACCUAAAAGUCGUCCUUUAUGAAUUACAACGGAUUUUACAAUGGCUUCGACUGAAAGUGAUGCAUUUUAUAACGCAGAAGACGUUUGUAAGAAAAUCCAUCCAUCGAAAUACUUGAAAGAACAUCUUCAGAAGGGUAUCCGCCCUGUUGGCAACAGGAAACACUUCUCUUACAGGUCGGUCAUAGGAAAUAUAAACGUGGUCAAAUCUUGUUGCGGGUCGUCAAUAGUGAAAAUCGGAAAUACGACCGUCCUUUGCGGCAUCAGCCACGAGGUGACUUCACCUUCUAGAAAAUACCCCAGACAGGGUUUGGUGGACAUCAACUGCAAACUCUCUGAACACUGCAACAUCCAACACAACUACAAGAACAAAGUUGUCCAGCUUCGCCAGUGUACAAAUCUUUUACAGAAACUUUUCCUUUCUUUGAACAUUAUAGAUUUAAAUUCGUUGUGCAUAGCUGAAGGUGAGUACGUUUGGUUACUUAGGGUGCAUCUCAUCUGCCUCGAUUAUGAUGGUGCGUUUUGGGAUGGUGCAGUGCUGGCCAUGUACCUGGCACUUAAGUCUCUCAAGCUGCCGGAGAUAUCAUACGACGUCGAGUCUAAAUCGUUCCAAAUCAAAAGCAAGAACCUGUCGCCCAUACCGGUGGGAAAAUUUCCGUUAGCCACGACUUUCGGACUCUUCCAGAAAUUUGUUUUUGCAGACCCGAAUCGUGAAGAGGAAGAACUCUGUGGCUCUUUUGUUACAAUCAUUACGGAAAAAGAUGAUAUAAAAGUUGUGCAGAAGCGAGGAGGCACACUAAUGAUGGAGCAACAGCUAAAUGAAUGUCUGAAUGUUGCUAAAGCUAGGUACAAAGUGAUGGAAAGCACAGUUGAAACUAUACUAAAACAGUCUGUAUUGUAAUAAAUAAUAAUAAUAAUGUAUUUUCUAAAGUUGUAAUCUUUGUAAUAAAGUUUUUCAUAUUGUU